CGUCGCUCCUGCCAUCGCCACAGUGGUGGAGGAUUAUUAUUCGGCAAACUUGUUGUCACACUUGCCCACUUCCUCAGUCUGGAACCUUUUGGUUCGCACGAGAGUCCGUACCGUCGUUUCGCUGCCUUCCCACUCUUGAGUUGGUUGUUUCACGCGUUUCUGCCGCGUGAUAGGUGUCGACUAAAGCGGUGUGGGGUUCGUCAUAUCUUUCCCCCGCUCGGACCUACGCAAUAUUUUGACAGUCACCCAUUCAUAGACGAAGAAUGAAGAGAAAGGCUGCCCCCGUAGCUGUGGCUCGUCCUGCCAGCGACAGCGACGACUCCGAUUCCAGUGAAGAAGAACAACAGAUGAAGGUUCAGAAAGGAAAGAAGGGUGCCGCUGGCGCGCCUGCCAGUGCAAAGGGUGCCCCAAAGAAGCCUGUACCAUCCAAGGCUGAUUCGUCAUCCAGCAGCGAGGACGACAGCAGCGAUGAAGAGGUCGCGAAACGAGUGGCAAAGAAGGGAGGCGUCAUAACCAGUGCAUCCGCAGUUCAAAGUGCGAAGCAAGCGGUCGCAGCUUCGAAGAAGGGGGCAAAGGCGAAGCCGGCAGCAGAUUCCUCCGAUUCCUCGGGCGACUCUACGGAAGACGAAACUCCUCAGUCGAAGCCGGUGGCGAAGGGGAAGGCGCAGACUGCCAACGCGGCAACUCGCAAGCAGGAGUCUUCGAGCGAUGACAGCAGCGACGAGGAAGCGCCGAACGGAGUGCGCCAAGCGGCGCCGAAGGCCGCGGCAAAGGCCGCAGUGAGGAAGGCCGCUUCCUCCAGCGACGAGUCCAGCGACGAAGACGAGGCUCCCCAGCCUCCCCAGCCGAAGGGUAAGAAGGCUGCGCAGCCGAGCAAGGCCGCGGCUCCGAAGGCAGCGAGCAAGAAAGCUGCCGAAACGAGCAGCGAAGAGGACUCGAGCGACGACGAACCAGCCAAGAAAGUGACUCCACCUGCCUCCAAAAAGCCAGCUGCGAAGGCGGCUUCGAGCGACGACGACUCUUCCAGCGAUGAGGAGAUGCCGGCGCCUCAAGCCCGACCUCAGAAGCCCGCUGCCGGAAAGGCCGCAGCGCAGAAGAAGGCAGACUCAUCCGAGUCGGAGGAAGACAGCGACAGCGACGACGAACCUUCCGCGAAGAGCAAAGUCUCUGCGGCAGCGAGGCUUCCUGCAAAGAAACCCGUCGCAAAGAAAGAAGAGUCCGACUCGAGUGACGAGGACGACUCCAGCGAUGACGAAAAGCCGGCUCCUGCUGCCCAGAAGAAGGCCGUAGCUGCUGCGCAGCCCAAGAAGAAGGCCGCCAAGGCCCCUGCGGCGAGCAGCGAUGAGUCUGAUGAAGACGACUCCGAUGAGGAGGAAGAGGCGCCAAAGAAAUCCAAGAACGAAAAGGACGUCAUGAUGGAGGAGGAAAGUGACGAAGACAGCGACGAUGAAGAAAAAAGCGAGCGCCCGGUGAAGAAGAGAAAAGAAGCACCCGCAGAUGAAGAUUUGCAGCACACCUCCAAGAAACGUAAGGAGGAGCACCCGAAGGCACGCCUGCAAACCAAGGGCGGCGGCGUCGUUGAUAAACUACGAACAGAAAUUUUCUGCGGAGGUCUGCCGUACUCUACUACUGAGAGUGAGUUGAAAGAGCUGUUCGAGUCCGACUGUGGUCCGACAACUCGCAUCAAGAUGCUUGAAGGAAAGGGCAUUGCGUUCAUUACCUUCGAAACCGAGGAGGCUGCCCAGAAGGCCGUCGAAUACAACAACACUCAGUACAACGGUCGCACCCUUCGCAUCAACCUCACCGCCGACAAGCAAAACCACCAGCCGGGCGGCGGUGACCGCGGAGGUCGUGGAGGCCGCGGCGGCCGCGACCAAGGCAACGGCCGAGGCGGCGGCGCUGCAGGUGGAGACCGGCCAAAGGCUUCUCCUAACAAGCAGAUUGUCGUGAGAAACUUGAGCUUCAACGCAACAGAGGAGUCCAUCCGGAGCCUCUUCGAGGAAUGCGGUGAAAUCCAGGAAGUGAGAAUGCCUGUGUUUGAGGACACUGGGAAAUUCAAGGGCCAGGCAUUCAUUGAGUUCGACAGCAUCGAAUCGGCCACCAAGGCGGUUGAGUACAACAAUACCGAUGUCGACGGCAGAACCGUCUGGAUCGAUUUCGCGCUUCCGCGCGGCUCCGGUGGUGGCGGCCGAGGCGGCUUUGGUGGCCGUGGUGGCGGCAGAGGCGGCUUCGGUGGUGGCCGAGGUGGCGGCCGAGGUGGCGGCCGAGGAGGCCGCGGAGGCGGUCGCGGAGGCGCUUCCAGCGCUGUGAAGGCUGCGAAGGACGGCACUGUCCAGGAGUUCCAAGGAACAUCUAAGACAUUCGACAGUGACAGUGACUAGAGAAAGGACUUUCUUCUGGUGUUCCGCUUGGCCAUCAGGUCCAGUGGUGUCACUUGAGAAAAACUGUAAAGACUUAUAUCCUUUGGGGCUAUAUGAGGUUUGUGGGUUUCGACCUGUCGGAACAGAGUGAUUGGAAUUUCGCUACGUCGCAGUGGCAGCUGGGGGCAGUGUAACGCAGACGACAGACGGACGACGAGAGAGUGAUUGUCGUGCGUUUUUCCCCGUUCAGGCAAUAUUUCAUGCGAAUCGUGGAGUGGUUUAGUUGCGUCAGAGGAUCUUGUGGCUGUGGUCGAGGCGGAUAGGCAUUGCUACCAUGUUUCUGUGAAGAGAAUUAUUGUUAAUUUUCCGCGUCAGUUGGGCUCACGUGCGUGCAUGUGUGUGCUUUGGCGCGAAAGCUUCUUUCCGAGGCCGGUACGAGCAACUGGGUUUUACGUGGUACACUCUAUUCCCGCUUAUUCAUAAACCCUGGUUCUUUAUUAGGUUAUUGUCGAAGGCUUGUUGGCCAAGUGCUGAGGUCAGCACUGAAUUCUCCUUAAAACGCUGUUUGUGAAACAAUGGACAGUUGAACUGCCGUUAGUGCCGGAUCUUGCUGUAGAUUCAUUUUAAAGCCAAACUUUCACG